AUGGCUGACAAUCCUCCUCAGGGAGGCAACGACCCAGACCCAGAAGUUGUGGAGGAAAACCAACAACAACCUGCGCCAGCAGGCAAUGCUGAUGAAGCCGCGCAAGCCAAUCAACAAGGCGGACAACAGGCCAACCCUCCGGUUCCCGAUCUCCUAAACAACCUGAUCGCAGCAGCAGCCAUCGCGGCAAACCCAUUCAAUCAACAAGGUCAACAACAAGGUCAGCAACAAGGUCAACCGCAAGGCGGAACCAACAAUGCUGCAAAUCUACUAGGGCAGCUACUGGCUCAUCCGCAAGGAAUGCAUCUACUAGGUCAGCUCAUCGCAAAUGCGACCAAUCCGAGUGCGACCAAUCCGACUACACAUACUCCUCAGUAUGGAGCUUUUCCAUCGACUUCAGGAACUACUCCUAUCGACAUUGGAACUUCCUACGGCAUCAAACAGUACUCAAAGGCAGUCGAUUCGCUCUACUCUAGUGGUGAAGACAAGUUUGAUUUGCAACCAGCAAGACUACUAAAUUUUAUCGAGAGAAUCCAAACUAGAUCCCUUGAGGCGGGAUGGACCAUCAUCUUCCAGGUUCAAAACUCCACAAGAAACAACGCCACUGACGACUUCCUGCAACUCCAUGGACAGAUCUCUAUUGACAAUGUUCGACGCCAUGAGCAAGCCUACCUUGUUCAAGCUGACAGUCGCAGCAAGCAAAGCUCUCUCCACCUGCAGCUCUGCAUCUACAAGUCGCUCACGGAAUCUGCCCAAGCUAAGGUCUUACGGGACAAAAAUCUCUUCACCAUCAAUGGAAUGAGAGGCGGAUUGGCUUAUCUGAAGGUGGUCCUUCUGCGGACAACUCCCGCUAGCAACUCCAAUGUGAAUCACAUCCGACGUCAACUUGCAAAACUUCCCGAGUAUAUGACCAAGGUUGGAUCAAACGUUGAAAAGUUCAAUCUUCACGUUUCCGAGCAACUUGAGAACCUUGCCCACUAUGGGGAGGAGUCCAAGGAUAAUCGUGUUCGGGACCAAACCUGGAAUCGCCCUGAUGAAAAUCAACAAGCUAUCCUCUCGCUGAAGGCCGAGUUCAAGCAAAUCAAAAACUCCAAGAAGCCUGAAAGCGGAAAGAAGAAGGACAAUGACAAGAAGUCCAGAGGUGGUAAGAAUAAAGGCAAGGGCAAGAACAACAAUAAGCAAAAAUCUUCGAACGUACCUGCAUGGAAGACCACUGCACCAAAAGCAGAAGACAAACUUAAAGCAAAGUAUGUCGACGGUGACUCCAAGCCAUGGUAUUGGUGCGAAGCUCUCAAGAAAUACUGCCGCCACACUCUGGAUCAAUGCAACCAAGACCAAAACAAAGACAACAAAAAGAACAAGAUCAAGCUCAGAGCCGCCAUGGCUGAGAAUUACGCCCCGUCCGACUCCGAUACCAAUGAAGAAUGA